AUGACAGUGACAACAACCCCCGAUGACUGGAAAAAGAAAGCUUCCAGCUACAAAUCCAUGACCGGCGGCCUUAACGUGAAACCCAUUACUGUGAUGCUGGAAUGCCUGAACUCGCGUUUCCCACUCGCCUCCGCAUCCGGAAUUUUAGAUGAUGGGUGCGGACCCGGUCCCAUCAUGACUCGGAUUAUCGAAGAGUUUGGAGAUCAUAUUCCGGCCGAGUGUACCCUGAUGUGCUCUGAUUUUGCACCUGCGAUGGUUGAGCAGGUUCACGCAGCGAAAGCACGCUAUGUCGCAGACCAGUCAGAGUCAAUUUGGGGCCGUGUGAGGACCGAGGUCCUAGAUUGCAUGGAUUUAGCUACUGUUAGCGAUGGAGAGAUGAGUCAUGUUGCAGCUGGUUGGUCUUUCUUCAACGCCAGGAAUCCCCAAAAGGCACUCUCCGAGUCGCUACGCGUCCUUCAGCCCGGCGGUGUGUUAGCCGCCUCAUCGUGGGCCGAAACCGAUUGGCUUAAGAUCCUGCGGACUAUCACGAAGAUUGACCCGGCGCGCAGCCCGCCAUCCAUUCCUGAGGAUUGGGCGCACGCAGGCAACUUAGCUGCGCAAUUUGAAGUUGCGGGAUUCCGCGAUGUCGAGGUUCAUGAGGUCGCUGUUGAUAUACCCUUCCGGUCAUAUGCGUCAUUUGUGGAUGUGAUGAUGACCCAAGUGACUCAAAUGAUGACGGCCAGUCAGGACUUGGAUGAUGAGCAAAAGGCUUCGUUGAGGGUUCUGAUGAUAGAGGAGAUGAGACGUUUAUGUCCAACUGAGCCUGGCACUCUCAAUGCCGUUUCUCUGGUUGCUGUUGGGGUGAAAUAG